AUGGCUACGGAGCGCGUCGCCGCGUGCGUUCUCGGCGCGGACGGAUAUCUUGGUCAGUUCAUCGCUCUCGAUCUCGCUCACUCGGGCGCCUUUGACGUCGUGCACGCGUGCGGAAGAAGCGGCGAUGAGGCGAUUGAUGUCGACGCUCCAUCGACGCUGCGACGGACUUCAGCGUGCGACUUCGCGUCGAUCGCAUCGUGCGAGAACAUAGUGAGAGAAUUAUUCGACUACGGGGCGACGCCGAGGGUGGUGGUGAAUUGUGCCGCGAUGAGCGCGCCCGGCGCGUGUGAGAGGAACCCGGAGGCUGCAAAACUUGCAAACGCGCCACGUUUUCUAUGGAACGCCGUGAAGGCAGAGGCAUUGACCAGAAGUGUACAGGUUCCAAUGUGGAUUCAACUCUCGACCGAUCACGUCUAUGACGGCCGGAGCCCUCUGAGCGAUGAGAGCACGAAGACGGCGCCGGUGAACGCGUACGGCGCAAGUAAAGUAUUCUGCGAAGAUGCUCUCGUGCAAGACCUCGGCGAUCGCGCCGUCGUUCUUCGAUCGAGCAUCAUCACGGGACCAAAGCCUCCACUUAAGGAUGUGCGACGAACUUUAUUCUUGGAUUUUAUUGCUUCGAGCUUUAAAAAGGAUGAACAGACCUCGUUUUACGAAGACGAGUUUCGCUCACCUGUUUGCGUGCAUGACAUUUGCCAUAUCGUUCGAUCGCUGGCAACGCGCGCGGGCCCUUCUCCGACGCUUCGAGUGUAUAACAUGGGUGGUCCGGAUCGCGUCAGUCGCGUUGAUAUGGCGAAUGGGGUCGCGGAGUACCUCGCGAGUGGUGACGCAGAGCUUGAGAGCGUGUACAAAUCAAAAAUUGCUCGAGCGUCGUGCACGGAGGCCAGAGCGCUUCGUGGAGUCGACGCACCACCAGACAUAUCUAUGGAUUCGAGUGCAUUAAUACGCGACAUCUGUCGGGACUGGUCACCUCGAAGCUUCAGCGAUCAGAUCGUCGCUGCGUUUGAGUGA